AUGGAAAUAAGUAGACAACGGUACGGAAGACAAGCCGAAGAGUUUCUAAAGGAAGGACCUUAUAGUUUCAAAAAUAUAUCACAAUUUAAAUAUUUGAGUACAAUGAUCACCCAUUCAAACAAUAUGGAGUAUGAAAUACUUAAAAGAAUCCAAAUGGGUAACAAGUGUUAUUACGCAAUGGGGAACUUACUCAAGUCAAGAAUACUCUCAAAGACACUUAAAGUUCAGCUGUAUGUCACACUAAUAAGAUCAAUAGUACUUUAUGGAGUGCAAUGUUGGACUAUAAGGAAAAAUGAUGAGUCAAAACUGAGGGUUUUUGAAAGAAAAACAUUAAGAAGGAUUUAUGGACCAUAUCAUGACCCGCAAACAG